AUGGUUAUUGUUGCACCGAAUGGAGAGUUUAUGCCAGUCACCCCAAUGGAAGGUACGAUAGUUGUCAAUAUUGGAGACCUCAUGCAGAGACUCACCGCCGACAAACUAAAAGCUACGGUCCACCGAGUGAUCCUCCCAGACACCGAGAAGGGGAAGGCUUGUUGUCGACAGUCUGUGGCCCUGUUUGUGGAUCCUGACGACGAGGUGGUCAUUGAGUGUCUGGAUGGGUCCAGCAAAUACAAGCCCGUCACUUCCUAUGACUAUGUCCGCGACAGACUGAGAGCCACGUACCAACCUGCUUGA